UCAAUUUUCAUAUUAUUAAUAUUAUAUAUAUAUAAAAAAAAAUCACACAUUUAUUUUUUAUUUAUGUUGUCUUAAAAAAUUAAUUAAUACAAAACCGAAAAUAAUAAAAGAAGAUAAAUAGAUUUAGAAAAUUUAAAUAGAAAUGAAAGUAAAUUUAUAACCCCAAACAUUCAAAACACAAAUAUGUAUGUGUUGUGUUCCUCUGUUUUCACUCAAAGCAAAUAAGAAUAAGAUAGAUAAGGUCAAGAACAACACCCAUCCAAUACCAACAUCAAGAUCUCUUUCAUCCAUCAUCCUUUUUUCCAUUUCCGAUCCUUUUUUUCUUUCUUAGAUUCUCCAUAAACCGAUCUGUUUCACCAGAACAUUUUUUAAGGGAUUUGGGAUGUUUUAAGUGGAUGUGAUUUGCAUGGGUUGAGGAUGCCAGAGUUGCAAACUGGAGUGCGGAGAUCGAAACGAAUUGGUGAUCUUCAGCCUUCCCCGCAACAAAUUGAUCUGGCUGAAAACUGGGAACUUCCUGCUCAGAAUAAAACUAGGAGGAGAGUUGGAGGUGGAAGAGGAAGAGGUGGUAAGGCAGUUGCGAAAGGGCAGUCACCGGCGAUACUGACAAAACAGACUGCAGUUGGACGAGGCCGUGGAACUAAGUUGAUUGAUUUAGAACCCAAACCUUCUGUGGUUGUUCCUAAAGCACCGGGUUACAAUUGUGUAGACGUUGUAGAAGACAAAGAUAUCGAAAUUGUGGGUGGUAGAAGUGCUGACAAAGUAAUGGGAGUUGAAGAAGAAGCAAGCACAACUCCUGUCCCGGAUAGGGUACAGGUGGGAAAUUCUCCUGUGUAUAAGACAGAAAGGAAGUUGGGCAAGGGUGGUUUUGGUCAAGUCUAUGUUGGUCGAAGGGUUAGUGGGGGCAGUGGUAGAACGGGAGCUGAUGCAGUUGAGGUGGCCUUGAAGUUUGAGCACCGAAAUAGUAAGGGAUGCAAUUAUGGCCCCCCUUAUGAAUGGACAGUGUACAAUACUCUAAAUGGAUGUUAUGGAAUUCCAUGGGUUCAUUACAAGGGUCGCCAAGGAGAUUUCUAUAUUCUGGUCAUGGAUAUGCUUGGACCCAGUCUUUGGGAUGUUUGGAAUUCUCUCGGACAGUCGAUGUCACCAAAUAUGGCGGCUUGCAUUGCUGUUGAAGCAAUAUCAAUUCUUGAGAAGCUUCACUUGAAAGGGUUUGUGCAUGGAGAUGUAAAGCCCGAGAAUUUUUUACUUGGUCAACCUGGAACAGUCGAUGAGAAGAAACUAUAUCUUGUUGAUCUUGGACUGGCCUCUAGAUGGAAAGAUGCAUCUUCUGGUCAACAUGUUGAAUAUGAUCAGAGGCCUGACAUAUUCAGGGGAACAAUAAGAUAUGCAAGUGUGCAUGCACACUUAGGUCGAACUGGCAGUAGACGGGAUGAUCUCGAGUCAUUAGCAUACACAUUAGUCUUUCUCAUAAAAGGAAGGUUACCCUGGCAGGGUUAUCAGGGUGAUAACAAAAGCUUUCUGGUAUGUAAGAAAAAGAUGGCUAUUUCUCCUGAGUUGAUGUGCUGCUUUUGUCCAGCACCAUUCAAGCAGUUUCUUGAAGCUGUUACAAAUAUGAAGUUUGAUGAAGAGCCAAACUAUGCCAAGCUGAUAUCAUAUUUUGAUAGCCUGAUAGAGCCAAUAGUACCAUUAAGACCAAUUAGAAUAGAUGGUGCUCUUAAGGUGGGGCAAAAACGAGGAAGGACGCCCAUUAAUCUAGAAGAAGAUGAGCAACCAAAGAAGAAAGUACGACUAGGUAGUCCAGCAACCCAGUGGAUUUCAGUAUACAAUGCGAAGCGGCCAAUGAAACAGAGGUAUCACUAUAAUGUGGCCGAUGCGAGGCUUCAUCAACAUGUAGACAAGGGAAAUGAAGAUGGGUUGUUUAUCAGUGCUGUGGCCUCAUCUGGAAACCUUUGGGCUCUUAUUAUGGAUGCUGGCACUGGUUUUUCUUCACAGGUUUAUGAGCUGUCAACAUUUUUCUUGCAUAAGGAUUGGAUCAUGGAACAAUGGGAAAAGAAUUACUACAUCAGUUCAAUAGCUGGUGCAACUAAUGGUAGCUCUUUAGUCGUUAUGUCCAAAGGUACCCCUUACACCCAACAAUCCUACAAAGUAAGUGAAUCUUUUCCAUACAAGUGGAUAAAUAAGAAGUGGAAAGAAGGUUUCCAUGUCACAUCCAUGACAACCGCUGGCAACCGAUGGGGUUUGGUCAUGUCCAGGAAUGCUGGAUAUUCUGAUCAGGUUGUGGAGCUCGACUUUCUGUACCCAAGUGAAGGUAUACACAGACGAUGGGAAAAUGGUUACAGAAUAACAUCAAUGGCUGCCACUGCUGAUCAAGCAGCCUUCAUUUUGAGCAUACCGAAACGUAAAUUAAUGGAUGAAACUCAAGAAACUCUGCGUACCUCUGCUUUCCCUAGCAGCCAUGUCAAGGAAAAAUGGGCGAAAAAUCUCUACAUUGCAUCGAUUUGUUACGGACGAACGGUUUGCUAGUCGUUGUCGAUCGAAGAAUGUAACAUUAAGAUUUAUAGCCAGCCAAAUUUUGAGAGCUAUUAUUUGGGAUGGAAGAAAAGGCGAAAUACCACACACUUGUUAUGAAAAUAUACCAAUGUAAAAAUGAACAAGAGAGUGGGAAUUGGCAUUGAAAUUUGAAUAUGGAGAGAAAGAAAGAGAGAGAGAGAGCCUUUGAACCAAAGCUGAGUUUCAGUCAGUGACUUGGAAAUUUCAACCAAAUUGUGCUUUUUAACUUAUUAUUACCCAAAAAAAAAUGUUCUUUUUAUUU